AUGGACAGCCUCAGAAAAAUCUUGCGAAUCUUGCAAGAUCAUGGCUUUGCCUGCAAUCCGCUGAAAUGUGAAUUUUGUGUGCAAGAAACUGAUUGGCUUGGUUAUUGGCUCACACCUACUGGAAUCAAACCGUGGAAAAAGAAGAUCAAGGCAAUCCUCAGACUUGAACCUCCCAAGUCUGUCUCGGAACUCCGUUCCUUUAUUGGCACAGUAACCUUUUACCGUGACAUGUUUCCAAAACGUUCACACAUUCUUGCGCCUUUGACUGCACAUAUUGGACACAACAAGAAGAAAUUAGAUUGGACACCCAAAUGUCAAAAGGCCUUUGACCACAUCAAAGCUAUACUCUCAAAGGAUGCAUUUCUGGCCUAUCCAGAUCAUAAUCAACCUUUUCACGUCUACUGUGACGCUAGCGACUAA